AUGACCUGGCCUCCGGGCCUUCCUCACUUGCCCACCUCCUCACCCCCUCCCGCGCAGCAGUCCGAUGCCCGCCCGCACCCCCCUCCCCUCGCCCCAUGGCCCGCCGCUUGGGGCCCCUCCCCCACCCGCGUUCCCGUCGCGCUCAGCUGGGACCAGAGGGCACGCAGACGCCGGCUGGGAGUAAAGGCUGCGAUGGCGGCAGAACGAGAGCAGAAGCUGGACCUGGCCCGCUUCGUCUAUGUGACCCGCUUCGGCUCGCACCAGUGUGGCGGCGUCCUGCAGUUGGGCGGCCGCUGGGCGCGUGGCCGUCGGUGCCUUGGGCUCAGGGCCGGCUGCAGCCAGGAGGAGCCACGGGAGGCGCAAGCGGGGACCCUGAGCGGAGGGGAGCUACGCCCAGUCCCGGAGCUGCCCCCCGGCGCCCGUCCCUGGGCUCCCGCGGCCGCCGCCGCCGCCGCCUCGGCCUCCCCGCAGCUGAGGGCGUCGAAGGUGCAGAGCGGCCCCAGGCGGGCGGCGCGUGCAGGUUUAACCCAGAAGAAUAUAGCUAAAAAAUAUGAUUUUCCCAUACCUUUGAGUGAAGCAUCCAAAAUAAUGAAGAAGAAAAAGAAAGAGGUUUCAGUAUGGAAAGGAGUAUACAAAGUCAUUUCUAGAAUGCUUGAAGAAAAUGAAAAAUAUAGACUCAGACUGAAUUCCCAACGAUUAUCUAGUGAAAACUCAAAUUACACAAGAUGA